AUGGCCGUGCGGAUUCGUCCCAAUGGCAGUGGCCCACCACAACUCCAAGCUCUAGCCGAGGGUGAAAUGAACGACACAGAAGAGAACAUCUUCCUCUUCGUCCCAAACCUCAUAGGAUACCUUCGCGUCAUUCUAGCAACAGGAUCCUUGUACUUCAUGCCUCUACACCCCCGACGAUGCAGUCUGCUCUACUCAGUCAGCUGUCUGCUCGACGCACUGGAUGGUCUUGCGGCUCGAGCAUUUCAACAAUCCACUCGAUUCGGUGCAGUCUUGGACAUGGUGACCGAUCGAUGCACCACAUCCUGCCUGCUGGUCUUUCUCGCUCUCGCUAUGCCCGGUUAUGCAGUCAUCUUCCAAGCUCUGAUUACACUGGAUUUUGCAAGUCACUACAUGCACAUGUAUGCGACCCUGGCAAUGGGCGGACAGAGUGAGAGUCACAAGAACGUCUCUGCCAGUCGGAGUCGUAUCAUGAAUUUGUACUACAAAAAGUGGGUGCUGUUCACUGCAUGUACCUUCAACGAACUCUUCUUCAUCGGGCUGUACCUUCUAUGCUUCUCUUCGCCGAGUAGUAGCAAACCUCUCCUGCCGAUCAACGCCGCGAGCAUAGCUGGAAGAGAUGUGUUCCCUUUGACCUUUUCGGCUGCAGCUAUGGAGGUUGCGAGAUUGAACAAGAUCAACGAUGCGGUACCUUUCUGGAUCACAGUCUGUAGUAUUCCGGGUAUGCUUUUCAAGCAAAGUGUCAAUGUGCUGCAGUUGUGGCAUGCUAGUCGAUGGCUGGCUGAGGGAGAUCGAAAGGAAAGGAUGAAGGCGAGAUUGGAGAGAGCUAGGUAG